AUGGAUGGUUACCUAAAAGGUCGAAGAGUUUUAGAAUAUCGUAGCCUCAAUGACUUUAUCAAAGGCCAGAACUUCGUGCAACACCUCCUCCCCCAUCCUUGGGCUGGUACUGGCCACGUGGUUUACAAUGGCUCUCUGUAUUACAACAAGUACCAGAGCAACAUUGUGGUAAAAUAUCACUUCCGUUCACGUAGUGUCUCCGUCCAGAGGAACCUCAACAAUGCUGGCUACAACAACACCUUCCCUUACUCCUGGGGUGGAUUCUCCGACAUUGACUUUAUGGUAGAUGAAAAUGGGCUCUGGGCAGUUUACACGACUAAUCAGAAUGCAGGAAAUAUUGUUGUCAGCAAGCUGGACCCCCAAACACUGGAGAUCCUCCAGACCUGGGACACUGGCUACCCGAAACGCAGUGCUGGAGAGUCCUUCAUGAUUUGUGGCACCCUCUAUGUAACCAAUUCCCAUUUAGCAGGAGCCAAGAUCUACUUUGCAUAUUACACCAAUUCUUCUACUUAUGAAUACACAGAUAUCCCAUUCCAUAAUCAAUAUUCACACAUAUCUAUGCUGGACUACAACCCACGAGAGAGAGUCCUCUACACCUGGAAUAAUGGUCAUCAAGUUCUCUAUAAUGUCACUCUGUUCCAUGUUAUAAAGACUUCUGGAGAGUGA